AUGGAUGAUGAAUCUGAUGAUUCAAUUAUAACUAUGAGUAUGAUUGAAAAAGAACAAGAAACUAUGUCAUUAACAAUUACCACUGAAACAGCAACAACACCAGUUUCUCGUAAAUUAAAGGAAAAAAAAGGUAUUUUUAAAAAAGAUUGGUUAAAUAUAAAAGAAUAUUCACCAUGGUUACAAGAAAUAAAAAAUGAUCCUACAAAAGCUCGAUGUAAAACUUGUUUAAGAACAUUUAGUGUUCAUUAUGAUGGGAAAACAGCUUUAAAAAAACACAUGAACAGUGAUCUUCAUAAAUCAUGCAUAAAAUCGUUUACUAACACGUCAUCGAUAGUAUUGCCUGCACCUUGUGUUAGUGAAAUACAAAAAAUUUCAUCAAUAGAAGGUACUUUUGUGUACCAUGGUGUAAAACAUGGUCAUAGU